AUGAUGCUGCGUCUCCCGAGCCUGCCGUUGUUCCACCAGCCCGCCCCGGCGGGGGCGGGCGAGAAGGUCGGGGUCGGGGCGCCCGAGAAGGUGCGCGCCGAGGAGGCCCCGGGUGUCGACGAGGGCCGGGGCCGCGGGCUCCACCGCCAGCUCAGCAACGACGACGUGAGCGUCGAGCUGCGCCCGACGCAUCGCGGCGCGGCGCUGCGCUACUACCGGAAGCCCCUGGCCAUCGCCUGCACCAUGGGCCUCGUGCUCGUGGGCAUCGGGCUCUACGAGCUCAAGUUCCUCCCCGAGUCGCAGCGGCGGUCCGAGGAGCGGCGCCAGGCGACGAGCUGCGAGGCCGUCGCGACUUCGGUGAUGACGACGGAGGGCACGGCGCACCAGGCCGCUAGACUCUUCCUCCAGGGCUGGGUCGGGGCCUACCGGCGCGACGACGCCGCCUGGCGCGACUUCGUGUUCCCGCGGAACGCGUCGCAGAUGCGGCGGACCGUCGAGCGCGACGCGGCGAUGGCGCCGGGCGUGUCCGUCUUCCAGGACCUCGACUCCGCGGGCGUCGCCGACGCGCUGCGCGACAUCCAGCUCCACCUGAGCCUGGCGCCGAUCAUCCACGACGACGAGACGCGGAGCUGGGAGCGGAUCUGGAACAUCUCGACGUGGCGCUUCGACGGGUCACCGUUCAAGGACGUCGUCUACGCGUCCUACGACCACCCCUACCCGCCGGACUCGCCCGACACGUUGUUCCCGGCGCGGGCGCCCAUCGCCCACUCCUGGUGGUACAACGGCGCGACGCGCGAGCCCAUGCCCGAGGGCGCGGCGUGGGUCUACGGCGUCGACGUCGCGGCGUACCUCGGGUCGCGGCGCUACGCGCUGGAGACGUUGAUGAGGCGCGACUUCUACGUGGAGAAGCACGGCUCCAUCUACUGGUCCUUCUUCCUCGUCAUCGAGGAGAACGGCGCGUGGCGGCUGAGCGACAUCCCGACGCGGCCCGGCGAGGCGCUCCCGCCGAUGAGCGGCCCCGGCGAGCUCCUAGAGAAGUCCAUCGCCAUCGGCGUCCUCAUGCACUACGGGCCCGACUCGCUCCUGCAGUCCCUCACCUCGAAACACCAGCGCAUCACCUUCGACAACCGGGGCAUCACGACCGUCGUCGACCGGCGGCGCACGGGCAGCGGCCGCCGUUUAGCCAAGACCGUCGUCGACCGCGGCCACCCCUUCGAGCGCGGCGACCGGUCCCAGGCGGGCGGCGGCGGCGGGCCCUACCGGGUGACCUGCGAGGAGUACCAGCACGGCGGCAAGAAGCGGAGCGCCUUCGUCGCGCUCCUCGUCUCCGCGGGCACGAUCUGCACGCUCACGCUCCUCGCGCUCGCGCUCGUCUGGAAGACGAACUCCGACGAGCGCCAGUGGGCGCGCCUCCUGGGGGACCACGACGCCAUCGUGAACCAGAUCGCCGACGGCGUCAUUGUGGUGACGCGCGACGCGUCGUCGGGCGAGACGCGCGUCCAGGUCUGCAACAACGCCGUCGGGUCCAUCAUCCCCGGGGGCGAGGCCGCGGCGCUCCUGGGCGAGACGCCCCUCGACGGCGACGGCCGCGCCGGCGGCACGGCCCUCGAGGCCAUUUUGGGCUGCAAGGUCAAGGUCGUGACCUUCGCCGUGGAGAUGGCGGGGCGGACCAUCGAGCUCAAGGCGACGAAGCGGCGGCUCCCGAGCCGGCGGCGGACGACGGAGUGGGUCGUCUGCGUCCGCGACGUCACGGAGCGCUUCGCGCUCCAGCGCGAGCUCGCGCGCUGCGUGUCCCUGGAGCGCAUGGCGCUUUUUGUGGUCGGCGUGCGGCCGGACCUGUCCAUCGCGCUCUGGAGCGACGGCGCGCGCGAGGUCACGGGUCUGGCCGAGCGGCCCGAGCACCUGAGGGACGUGCCCUUCAAGCACGACGGCGACCUGCACCGGGCGCGGAGCGAGGUCGAGCGCAUCAAGAAGGGCGGCAUGCCGCGGCCCUUCGCGCUGAGCCUGCGCGCGUCGAACCGGGGCUUCGUGGCCCUGGUCAUGCAGAACGUCCGGGGCGUCUCGGGCGACCACGCGGCGACGUUCAUCGGCACGCCCAUCGACGGCAACCUGCUGUCCCUGGCGGCGCCGACGUCCCAGUGCCAGCUCCAGCGCUGCUGCGGCGAGGCGACGACGCCGUCGGCACCCGCGUCGGCCGUGCUCGAGGACGUCGCCGAGGAGCCCCCGGAGGUCGCGGCGCCCGAGGCGCCGGCCGGCGGCGUUUCGCCGACGCCGCCGGCGCGCGCCCUCUGCGUGCCCGUGGCGACGCCCGUGCCGUCCGCGCGCUCCGAGGACGCGUCGUCGGACGCGACGGCCGCGGGCGCGCCGCCGCCGUCGACGACCGCGUCGCGCGAGUCGUCCGUCGCCUUCGCGGCCGAGGUCCGCGAGCCGCGCGCGGUCGGGCGGUGCGCGGCGCGCGAGGACCGGCCCGCGCCGCGGACGAGCGACGCCGCGCUCGCGCUGGGGGACCUGCUGCGGGCGCGGACGCACCCGCUGCCGUCGGAGACGUGCGCGUCCGUGUCCGCGUGCAGCGGCGACACGCGCGACGAGGCCGAGGCGACGGCGCGCCUCCUCGCCGCCGUGCCGCCGCCGCGGGACCCGGGGCGGCUCCGGGGCGUCGUGUUGGGGCCCGGCGAGGGCACGGUGCUCCUCGUCUGCGAGCUCGUCGGGCCGGGGCCCGGGCCGCCGCGCCACGCGCUCCACGGCUACCCUUUGAUCCCCGCGGCGUCCUUCGAGCGCCGCUUCGAGGUCGGCGACUCGGCCUGGGAGCUCGCGCGCGCGGACGCGUCCUUCGAGCUGCCGCCGGGCACGUACGCGUUCGCGCACGCGCCGGGCGAGAGCGCGAUCCGCGUCGGCGUCGGCGAGCGCUUCGAGCGUCUAGGGGCGCUGGGGGGCGAGGAGACGCGGGAGCACGCGGCCUGGUACGCGCUCGUGGGCCUCGGCGGCGCGGACUUGUUGGCGCGCUACGACCACGACUUCGUCGCGCUCCACGACGACCUGCGCUGCGUCGCGGGGGGCACGCUCGAGGUCGGCGAGGGCGGGUCGUUGGAGCGCUGGGUCGUCGCGAACACGUACGUCGACGAGCCCUGCGAGUGCCUGGCCCUGGCGUCGCGCGUGCCGCUGCCCCUCGACAAGCUCUGGAUCGCGUACUACUCGAACGUCGGCGACUUUGGGGCGCUCCUGGCGCGCGACGGCGCGCUCCGCGAGUCCGCGACGCCGAGCCACGGCCGGCCCCGCGGCGCCGCGCGGCCGCGGCGCACGGGCGAGACGAGCUUCCUCGUCAAGGCGUCGACGGUCGAGGUCCGGCCCUACGGCCAGCGCGUCGCGCUCGCGCGCCAGUGCGCCGUCGCGCGGACCCGCGUCCACGCGGCGGCGAGCCGCUUCUCCGCGGACCGGAAGCGGCGCCGCGCGCUCCACGAGUGCCUCGCGAGCGGCAACCGCGGCCGCGAGAUCGAGCCCGACUGCGACGCGACGCUCCUCAACACGCUCCUCCAGGCCCAGGCGUCCUUCCUCGCGCUCCGGGCCAAGCUUCGGCUCGAGGGCGGCGUCGCGCUCCUCCGGCGCGAGCGCGGCGAGCGCGCGGCGCUCCGCAAGCUCGGCCUCCUCGACGAGCGCGAGCGCCGCUUCCGCGCGCGGCGCCGCCUCCUCUGGAUCGGCUCUAGCGACAAGGGCAGCCGCCUGUCGCGCCUCCCGCCGUCCCUCGUCGACGCGAUCGUCUCCUGCAUCGAGCCCGCGCUCGCGCCGGCGACGCACGCGCCGGCGGCGGCGGCGCCGGCGCCGACGCGGCUCUAG